UUGACGUCACCACCUGCACUCGGGAUUAACUUGUUUUUUUUAUGUGGCCAGAUUAUUCCCAGCAUUCUCAGGUUCAUAAUUUGAUCUCAUGUAGAUUUUUUUAUUUUAUACACGUCUUAAAUCGGUGUGCGCGUGACCGUGAAGAUUCUGCGGCAACGAGGACGCGCACCACAGCGAGAGGGAGCGAGUGCACGCGCAGCACAAUGUGUGUAAAGUGGUGAUUUUGUGUCACGGUGAUGAUGGUGAUGAUGGGAGCCCACGCCACGAAAAACACCACGACGUCCACUGAUGCACAGGAAAACGAUGGAUGGCGAGGUUUCCUCUCCAGCGUGGGUCUGUCGAUCCCAGCAGGCCUCUGUCGCCUGGCACCGCCUGCCCUGCGUUUGAACCGGCAGCGAAUGCUGCGGGGAAAGUCUCCUGACGUCCCGGAGCACGUGCUGAGGCUGGCCGGAGUCGGUCCAGACAAGCUGAGGGCAGAGUGGACGCUGCCAGGCUUCAUUAGUAUGUUUCUGCCCGAGUUCCCCCACAGAACUGUGCCUCGACAAGAACACUUCCAGGUGUUGGGCUACAUCGCCAAAGGUUCAUUUGGACCCAUCCUGAAAGUAAAGGACAGAGCUGAACAGAAAACAUAUGCAGUUAAAGUCAUACCCAAGUCAGAGAUUCUGAGACUCGGGGUCUUAGAGCAGUCCAAAGAGGAAGUGAUAGUGCAGCGUCAGGUCCGUCACCCGUUUGUCCAUGACCUUCAGGACUGUUGGCAGACCCAGCGUCACCUCUACAUUAUGUGCGAUUACUGCAGCACAGGUGACCUGUACACGUACUGGCAGAUGAUCGGUCAGUUCACCGAGGACACGGUGCGAGUGUUUGCAGCAGAGUUGGCGUCUGCACUCGGCUUCCUGCACGACUUUGGGAUCAUUCACAGAGACGUGAAGAUGGAGAACAUUCUGCUGACGGACGACGGUCACCUGCGCUUGGCUGACUUUGGUUUGUCCCGUCGCCUGGAGAGAGGAGGACGAGCCUUCACCAUCUGUGGAACAAUCCAGUAUAUGGCACCAGAGGUCCUGAGCGGUGGACCCUACAACCACGCAGCUGAUUGGUGGUCGCUGGGAAUUCUGCUUUUCUCAUUGGUUACUGGAAAGUUCCCUGUGCCUGCAGAAGCAGACCACUGCAGUAUGCUGAGGAGAGUCAGGAGUUUUCCGUAUGAAAUGCCGCUGAGCUUCAGCCCACAGUUUGCCUUGCUUGUAACUGAGCUUUUGUGCAAAACUCCCACUCGCCGCCUCAGGACCCUCGACCGCUUCAAGCGACAAACCUUCUUCCAUGGAACGACGUUUGACUUUGCUCUGCUGCAGCGCCAUCCUGUGGAGGUGAUUGUAGAGCUGAGAGAGAGACCGGACCGAGCUGCCAAAGCUCGCCGAGGCCUCACUCUGUCUCUGCAGCCUCUCAGAGGCUUCGACUACGACUCGCUCCUCAGCCCUGUGGCUGCACCUGACACUCAGCUGGACGCCCAGACUCAGACUCACACGGACACGUUGCUGCCUGGCCCAACGGUCCCACCGCAGUCUGCUCAGGAGAACGGUUCACGCAGAGAAGUGUUUGUUUGACGUGUGUUGUGGAACUCUCACCCUCACUUACUGGUGUGGUGCACCAUGUAAAAUGUCUUAAUUAACGUGUCAAAAUAGCUGAUCAGUAAAGAAGAGGAAUGAUCAACUUCCCCCCCCUCUGUUUGUGUGAUUCACUGAGCACCGUCUUGUUUUACUAUUGUUUCUUUUUCACUUUUCAUAAUGCACAGCAGCAUUAAUGACUCCACAGUGCACCACGUGUCUCUCUUUUCCUUUUUUAAAGUUAAGUUAAAUGUAGUGAAUAAGUCACGUGAUCAAACCCCGUCUACAGAGCAGCAGCUACGUUUGUUUUCAUGUUGCAUGAUCAUAAAAGCACUUUUGUGUUGAUAUGAAUAAAACUCCCUCCUCUGUGCAUUAUUCAUGCUGUCAUACAUUUACUUCUGUAAAAAUAAUCAUUCAUGAUGAAGAUGUUUCUGCUACUUUAUCAUUUACAACAAUGACUCAGGACCGUUGUAUUGAUCCUCUCAUGUUUUGAUUCCAUGUCUGUGUCACAGAUGUUCAUAUUUUCAUGGAAACAUGCACUUACCUGAUUAUUAGAUGAUGUUAUGAGUUUGUGCAUCAUGCCCUGGUGUUUACCCAGAAUGCCUCAAGUGUGUGUGGUACUGAAAAAUGUUUAUUGAUUUAUAAAUUCCUCUAUACAGAGUUUAUAUGGAAAUGUAGAAUGAUAUUUGAUGUGAUAUAUGUUACAGUGUAUUUUUGUAAUAUGACACAAAUGUAAUAUUAAACUCUUACUGUACAGUGA